CCAACAGACUUAUGAGUAUCAAUUAUUUCGGCAUAACCUCUAAGAAGGCUCACGGUUUCACAGGUUAAUUAAUCCUAGUAGUGGAAAGGAGUUUACGACUGGUCAACUAAAGCGGAAAACAAACUUAAAAUCAAACUUAUUUGUGUGAUUUCGGUCAAAAGGCGCCUCAACCAUCAAAAAGUUUAGUAGAUUUAUUGGUGAUUAUCUAAGAAACUAAAAGGGCUAAGCAAAAAGGACCCCAUAUUUUGGAUUCCUGAAAAAUUCUUUAUAAGAUGGCAUCUUUAUUGAAAAACGACAAAAAUGGCACAAAAAAAAUUUAAAGAAAAGAUUUCGUUAUAAAAAAGGCAAAAGAUUUCUCUUUUUUAUGUUGAAAAUUAAAAGUUGGAAUUUUUAAAUUCUCUUUUUGGGUGCUGAUAUAUAAUUUAAUUCUACAUUGAUUAUUUUAUUAACUUUUUGUGCCAUCAUCAACCUUUUAGGCCUUAUUUACAAAUUUAAUUGAAAACAGCAUUCGACAUAAAAAAGCGAAAUAUUUUGCCUUAUUUAUGGAUUUUGCACCUGAGUCUGACAUCGUAGAAGGACCAUUCUUGCAUCAGAUUGGAUUUUGCACCUGAGUCUGACAUCGUAGGAGGACCAUUCUUGCAUCAGAUUGGAUUUUGCACCUGAGUCUGACAUCGUAGAAGGACCAUUCUUGCAUCAGAUUGGAUUUUGCACCUGGUGGCAUCAUUCUUGAAAUCAGUUUUUAACAGAUAAUAAUAUUUGCCAGGACAAAAUAUCGGAGUACAUUCAGUUAACAAAAUUAUGUAUGGACCUGAACUAUUUCCAAGUUGGCAAUAAAUAUUAUUCACAAAUAGAAGGAACGGCAAUGGGAAACCCCUUGUCACCUUUCAUUGCGGAUAUUUUUAUGAGCAAUUUCGAAGAAGUUUUGGCCAAUACAUUAGAUUAUUUUCCAAAAAUUUGGAUCCGGUACGUAGAUGACAUUUUCGCGGUUUUCGAUCUUUCAAAAUGUUCAAUUAAUAGGUUUUUGGAAACUCUGAACACAAAAUACGCGUCUAUUAAAUUUACAUACGAAUCUGAGUCAAAUGGUCAACUUGCAUUUUUGGACACACUGGUUAUUAGAAAUAACAAUAGAUUAGAAUUUGACAUUUACAGGAAAAUAACCAAUACUGAUUGCUACAUUCCAUCGAGUUCUAACCACCCGUUUCAACACAAAAUUGCGGCUUUUAAUUUCCUUGUUCAUCGUCUAAUUUCAUUCCCUUUAACACCUCAGAGAUAUAAUAACGAGUUACAGUACAUAAAGAACGUAGCAAAAAGUAAUGGUUAUGAUCCAAUAAUUAUUAAUAGAAUUAUAAAUAAAUUUAAAUUUAAAAAACUGCAACGUGAUAACUCGACUUUAAACACGUUCACCGAUCAAUUAGAUACAAAAUACAUUUCGCUUCCUUUUGACAUUAUUUUAACUAAAGGUUUAAAUAAAAUUUUGAAAAAAGAAAAUUUAAAAAUCGCGUAUAAAAACACCAGUAACAUUAAAGAAUUACUAGGUAAUCCGAAAGAUAAAGAGGAAACGUUUUUAAAGUCGGGUAUUUACAAAAUUAAAUGCGGAUGUUGUGACUCACAAUAUAUUGGUCAAACGAAAAGGUCAAUUUUAACUCGUUUUAAAGAACACAUCGCGCAUUUUAAAUACAAUAGAUUCGAAAAGUCCGCAGUAGCCCAACAUAUUAAAGAGUCAGAACAUCCCAUCCGACAAGAAAAUUUGUUCUUGGUAAAAUCUAUUACCAAUCAAAGACAAUUAGAUGCCUAUGAAAGCAUAGAAAUUUUAAAACAUAAGAACAAACAUCUUCUUAAUCAAGAAAACGGGCCAAUUUCUUCAAGUUUAUUUGAGUUAAUUGUUUAAUAUUUUUCAAAAAUACCUAGUUGUCGAAUACUUGGAAAUAGAUUUUACUGCAAUAUUUUUGCUAGGGAGUGGGGGUAAAAGAUUAAUUAGGGUAUUAUGAAUUUAUAGGUUUUAUUAGAAA